AAGAUGACUACGCCGCUUCUCAUUCCUCUUUCGUCUUCUUUAACUUAACAGGAUUCCCGCCAUUCCUCUCACUCUCGUUUCAAAAACAAAUCAUGGAUUCAACCCUAGAAAUCGAUCUGAAUCAAACACAACGAAUCGUCUUCUUAAUCGAUCUCCACCCUCUGUUCACACAACCCCAAAACCCUAAAUCAUACAUAUCUUCGAUUUUAACCUCAACUCAGAAACUUCUCGAAUUCUCACCUCUCUCUUCAUCUCUCUUCGCAUUCAAAUUCUUUAUAUCAUCGCUCUCCCCAGUACUCUCAUCUUCCAAAAUCGGUAAAUUCGGUUCUUCUUUUUCUUUUGAUUCCCAAUCACAAACCCUAGUUUCACUUACCGAAGCUCUCGAUUCAUUUUCCCCAAUUUUGAAACCGAUUGACGAAAAUGCCCUUGAGUCAGUGAGUAAAUUGCCGAGAUGCCAUAAUGUAGCUGAAGCUGUAAGGGAGGUUAUGCUUAAGUAUACUUGGGAGGAUGGAGCUGAAGAUUUUAAAGGUAUGGUUGAUUGUUCAUGUGUCAAGAGAAAUUUGAUUCUUGUUUUUUCGCCGGCUUUUAAAUCGAGUAAAUUAGUGGGUGAUUUUGUUGGUAUUGAGGGGGAUGAAUUGGUUAGUGAGAGAUUUUCUGAGAAAUUUGGGGGUUUGAGAGAUGGGUUUGUUAGUAGAGAUAUACAUUUGAGCUGGGUUAGUGUUAAUUAUGAAGAGAAUGUUGAAAAUGAGGGAGAUUUUUCGGAGAUUAUGGAAAGUGGGGUAAAGAGAUUAGGAUGGGGGUUUUGUUCGACGGAUGCGAUAAACUUAGGUUCUAGUCUUGUUCCAUUCGGUUUAAUUUAUCCGAAAAUUGGUUGUUCUAAGUUGGGUGGUGAUGAUGCUUGUGGAAAGAAAUGUCGUGCGGAAUUAAAUCUUGAGAUAUUAGAUGUGAAUGGAAGACCUUUGGAGUGUAAUUGUUGUGAACUUGAAAUGACUGAACUGAAAGUGUCUAGAAGAAGACCUAUGUGUAAUUCGGGUGUGUUGGAAAGUAGGGGAAGUAGUGAUGAAGGGAGAAUGUUUUGGGGAAACGGUAGUGAUCAGCGGAGGAAACUAUGUGUUAAGGAGGUGAGGAAGAGUGAUGAGAUUGUGAACAUUAAGGGAAAAGUGUGUGAUUUGUUACUCAUACGUGGAUUCUCUGGGGAUCAGAAAAAUGAUGGGAAGGUAGAUACUACUCAAGGUGUUUUUUUUGCAGACAGGGUCCUUGAAAUGCUUAGGAUGGAAAAGAGCGAGUUCACUCCUGGAAAACCUAUUUGGCAGUUAUUGCAAGCUUUCCUCUACAGGGGCAGCUACUCAGCUCUGGUAACUGUUUUGAACAAAGAUGGGGUUUCUCUUACAGGAAUCAUGAAGCCUUUCACAAUUAACUUGGCGUUUCUCUAUGUUUUAGAUGGUGCAUUAUCAUUUAAUGAAUUAUUAAGUGAAGCUGAUGAAGUUUGUUCCGGAUUUGAGCAAUGUUCUGUGAAGCAACUUAGUGAGACACCUAAUAUGGACGCAGAAUUAUCUACACCAGCUGAUACUCAGAACGGGGAAUUGUCUUCCCAAAAAUCCUCAGAGUCUCAGGGUGGUAUUAUGAGAAAGAAUAGAAAGGGUUUGAAGUUUGUUCAAAACCUCUCGUGGAGCUCCUUCUGUCAGGCUGCUCUUAGAAAUACGGAGAUGAAUUUAGAAGAAAUCUAUAUUGACAGGGAGUGUAAUCAUUCGAAGAAGUUCAAAUUCUUGAAAUGCUGGAUGAGACAAACAAGGAAGCUUAGCUCUCAAACCCGCAUCAAACCGCAUGAACAAGAGCAACAGCAUGUAAGUGCCAACGAAGAAACACAGAAUAGGCUUAUGAAGUUGGAGCAAGAAAGUGAGCUUCCCAUCUCAUCUUCUUUCUCUAUUGGAGAAGCUUCUGCAGAGGUAGCUCCCGAUAUGAAUGAUGGAGCCACCCCUGCUUGGUCAGAAACUUCUGAAACUUUCUUAAGUAGUAUUUCUGAGAAGAUACAGCAAAGUCUAAUAUUCGAAGACAUGGAGUUGGGUGCUUUGGCAGAGCGACUUGUUUAUUCAUCUGUUCAUUGGUUAUACCGGAAGCAUGAAACAGAUAACACCAUUGAAAAUUCAAAUUCCAAAGAACAGUCAGAGGAUGGUUGUGGUGGAUUGGUUGCUGCCGAGCUAAUAAAGCUUUUACUGGUAGACCCGAAGGAUUUGGCAAUGAAGUACAAAAGCAGUGACCCAUCAGCUAUUUUAUCUGAUUCGACUUCGACCGCUUACACUUCAGAAUAUAAAGUUAGAGAGUAUGAGUUGCAGGUUUUGUUCAGGAUGGAGAUACUCCAGUCAAAAGUUGGAGGGAGUGUAAAAGAGAGUACGAAACAAAAGAUGGUGAAGCAGAUCUGCUCAUUCUUGGAGACCAUACAGUUGCAUCAUGCAGAAGGCUUUUGGGGUGAUUUUAGCCUAGAUGCUUAUGUCAGAAAGACAAUAAAAAAAAGGUAUGCUCACUCAUUAGAAGACGUGGUUCACAGAAUAUGCACCCGAAUGGAUCUUUUACUUUUUGAAGAAGAUGAAGGAGAGCUCUCUGGAUCUCUCUUUAACAGUGAAGAUAGUGAAAACCCUCGAAGAGAAAUUGUAGGGGAGAACGAUAUUGGUGGAAAUGUUGGGACAAAUCCAUCCACUUCUACAGGCAAGUCAUCCCGUCGACGAGAAACUUAUAGCAAGGCCCUUCGAGGGUUGAGAAAAGAACACAAAAUCACUUCAGUUGAAGCUCAAGAGAGGAAAGUAAAGAAUUGCAAGUUACACUCAUUUGCAAAAGGGAUUAAUCUUCGGAAGGUGUGGGCUCCCAAUCAGCCAAAUACAGUAAUAACAAAAUCUGAAGUUACUCGCAAGGUUCCAAAGAGGAAAGAACGACGUCACUACGACGUAGUGUGUGAGACUCCAAUGUCACGGAAUAAACGUUCAUGUAUGGGUGAUGAAGGUCAGUCAAAUGAUUGGACAGACUUCUUUGGUUCCGUAUCUAAAUCUUUGUUUCAGGAUAAUAAUGGUGGUGAUUCAAACCGUACCUCCACAGGUUCAUGAAUCUGUCUUUGUACAAUAUAUGUUUUAGGAAUUCAUUGAUCUUAGUGUUACAGAGGGAAGAUUAAAAAGUGGAAACUAACAAUGUUCUCACUCAUAUAUAUUUAUAAAAAGUUGACUCAGAUAAGAAUUAUCUCAGUCCAUCAAAUUCUUUUACCUGUAAUAACUGAAGGAUCUCAGUGAAACCAUUAGUUUGCUAGUUCUUUUAGUGUAAUUUUUUCAUCAUAA